GCUUAAAAAUUUUCUGAGAUGGAUGAAAAAUAUACAUGUAUAGAAGAAAAACAUCCUUUUUCCAAGAAGCGGAUGCAAAAGGAUGGACAAGAAGGGAAGCUAGUUUAUGCAGAAUUGAAAAAACCUCCAAACUCCAAGCAGACACAGAAAAGAAGUGGAUCCCAUGAAGAAAAAGGAUCUUCAGUUCCAUUUGCCUGGUAUCUCACCGUAGUGAUUCUUGGUGUCUCCUGUUUUGUUCUUCUUUUAUCCACUGGAAUCUUGGGAUUCAUGGUUUUCCAGGUUUGUCAGGGAGACCAAACACAGAAGACCCCUUUGGACAACGCACCAGCAGAAGACACAACCACAUUGAAAAACAUGAUUUUCACAAAGAAAGGAAGUGAGAGCAACACAUGCAAAAAGAAAUGGUCAUGUUGUGGAGAGGAUUGUUAUUAUUUUUCACGUGAAUUGAAGACCUUUGACGACAGUAAGAAAUUCUGCAAGGAAAUGGACUCCAUGCUUCUGAAGAUAGAAGAUCAAGAAGAACAGGACUUUAUUCAAAGCCAAAUAUCUUAUUUCUUUUGGAUUGGAUUGUCCCGUAAAGGAAUCAGCAGUUCCUGGACCUGGGAAGAUGACUCACAGCUUCAUCUUGAACUUGAUUGGAAAGAGUCAAAGCUUGGAAACUGUGGAAGUAUAGCAGCAACAAAGAUGGCUCCUUCGGACUGCUCCAGAUUCAUGUACUACAUUUGUGAGAAAAAAAUCACCUGUCUUGCUACCUAAUGAUGAGAACAGUGAUAACACCAACAAAAGAUACAUACCAGAAUUUCUCUAAUCAAAAUUCCAGACCCUUGAAAGUUUCAGUCUUUCUGUUUUCAGACUAUUUUUGUUUUAUUAUGGGCCAUACCUGUAUUCUAGCUCUGAUUGAGAUUAGGCUGACUCACCAGGUGCAUGAGGAUAAGGUGCUCCAGACUCAACCGUCCUGGCCCUUCUCCAGACUUCUCCAUCAGACAUUUAGGAACACAGGCUAGUGGAGUGAGAGAGUAGUGUUACUUCUAGUGAGGUUUAGAAAGCAGAGAUUUGUACACCUCAUUUCCACAACUAACACAGAUUCAGUAAAUAAUGCUGUAAACAUUGUCCCCAUUGUGGGUAUUUAGCGAGGACUUAAGGCGGUAGUAAUUAAAGUCAUUAUUCUAUAUGCAGUGUGUGCAUUGGUGUUUGAUUCCUUACUUUUUGAGAGAAAGACAGCAUGAUAUACUCAAAAGAGAAUAGGUCUGAAUUUUUGACCUAUGCAAAACCUAAUAGUUUUGCACUCCUUGGUGAGUCCAAACUUCUCAUUUUAGUUUCCUUAUCAGUAAAAAAAAUCCCCAAAGUCUUUUCCAAAGUGGCUCUACCAUUUCCUCUCCACUAGUAUUCUAUAAAAGUUUCACUUGCUUACAUCUUUCAAAAAGUCAAUAUUGUCAGUUUGUAAAAACAUUUAAUAAAAGUCUAGUAUCAUUUAAUUCUUGCAUUACUUUGUUUUUCCUAAUUAAUAAUGAUGUUAUGUAUCUCAUCAUAUGUUUCUGCCAACCAGCUAUUUCUGUGGAUAAAGUAUAGAUUCAGAUCUUUUGCCCAUCUUUAAAGGAUUAUUUGUUUUCUUAUUAUUGACUUGUGAGAGUUCUUAAAAAACAGCAUUUAAUUUCUAAUUUACAUAUAUGAGUUGUCCAUAUUGAAGUGUGCAGUGUAUGGUUUUCCAAC